AUGAGGCUUAAGGACGGAAAUCAUCUGACCAAAGAGUUUCGUGGCCUAUGGUCAUCUCGUUACUAUGUCUGGUCUCGUCUAGAAGAGGGUGCUGCUAAUCAGCUAAAGCUACCCCCACCAUCCAUCGAAUUUGUAUUGCCUUCGCCAACACUUGGCCACCCUAGAUUCGAAGUACCAGAUCCCGGUUGGCAAACACGCAAGGGUACCUCUGCGGAGGAAGUGCAGCUGAAACAGAAUGAAGCUACCGUAUGUUAUUUGGGCUAUUAA